AGAUUCUCGAAACCAUGUAGAGUGGUCCAGCUAAGCUAUAUUACCUCUAUUACCUCUCAACUUUUCUAUAUAGUUUGUUUGUAAAGGGGGGUGGUAGAUCUCAUGUGGGCUUUUAGUAUUUAAGAAGGUGCCGCACACCUCCCCUUCUACAAGGAGGCCUCUCUCUCUUUCUCUCUUUCUCGCUCUCUCUCUCUCUGAAAAAAUAUAUUGGUAGCAGGCCCACUUUGUUAAUUUUUUAACACCUAGUCUGCUGCAUUAGUUUCUGUUCCUUAUACCAGAGGAAGUUGGAAUAAUUCAGGAGUUUAGACAAAUUUUCAGACAUAGAAGAUGGUGAAGAUCUGCUGUCUUGGAGCCGGCUACGUUGGCGGCCCCACUAUGGCCGUUAUUGCCCUGAAAUGUCCAGCCAUCGAGGUGGUCGUUGUUGACAUAUCCACUACCCGCAUUUCCGCAUGGAACAGUGAUCAGCUCCCUAUCUACGAGCCGGGCCUUGACGAUGUGGUCAAGCAAUGCCGAGGUCGGAACCUCUUCUUUAGCACUGACAUUGAGAAGCACGUAUCGGAGGCUGAUAUCAUCUUCGUAUCGGUCAACACUCCUACUAAAACCCGUGGCCUCGGUGCUGGCAAGGCUGCGGACCUCACCUACUGGGAGAGUGCGGCGCGCAUGAUCGCUGAUGUAUCAAAGUCUGACAAGAUUGUUGUCGAGAAAUCCACAGUGCCUGUCAAGACUGCCGAGGCCAUAGAGAAGAUUCUGACUCAUAAUAACAAUAAGGGGAUCAACUUCCAAAUCCUCUCGAACCCGGAGUUCCUUGCAGAGGGCACCGCCAUUCAAGACCUAUUCAAACCGGAUCGUGUACUUAUAGGUGGACGGGAAACACCAGAGGGCUGCAAAGCUGUUGAAUUAUUGAAAUCAGUGUAUGCCAACUGGGUUCCGGAGGAUCAGAUUAUUACGACCAAUUUAUGGUCUGCGGAGCUCUCUAAGCUCGCGGCCAAUGCCUUCCUGGCCCAGAGGAUCUCCUCAGUGAAUGCCAUCUCCGCGCUUUGCGAGGCCACUGGUGCUGAUGUGGCGGAGGUGGCCUACUCUGUGGGGAAGGACUCUCGGAUUGGGCCCAAGUUCUUGAACGCUAGCGUUGGAUUUGGCGGCUCGUGCUUCCAAAAGGACAUCCUGAACCUCAUCUACAUCUGCGAAUGCAAUGGCCUACCGGAGGUGGCCGACUACUGGAAGCAGGUAAUCAAGAUCAACGACUACCAGAAGAGCCGCUUCGUGAACCGUCUCGUGUCGUCCAUGUUCAACACCGUCGCAGGGAAGAAGAUCGCUGUGCUAGGGUUUGCAUUCAAGAAGGACACGGGAGAUACAAGAGAGACCCCCGCUAUCGAUGUUUGCAAAGGGCUCUUAGGGGACAAGGCUAAGAUUAGCAUAUACGAUCCACAAGUGACCGAGGAUCAGAUUCAGCGCGACCUCGCAAUGAAUAAAUUCGACUGGGACCAUCCGAUCCAUCUCCAGCCGAUGAGCCCGACGGCCGUGAAGGAGGCGAGCGUGGAGUGGGACGCAUACGAGGCCACCAAGGGGGCGCACGGGGUCUGCAUACUGACCGAAUGGGACGAGUUCAAGAAGCUCGACUAUGAGAAGAUCUACGAGAACAUGCAGAAACCAGCAUUUAUAUUCGACGGACGCAAUGUGGUGGACCCCGAGAAGCUUCGGAAAAUCGGGUUCAUCGUUUACUCCAUCGGGAAGCCGCUCGAUGCUUGGCUUAAGGACAUGCCUGCUGUCGCCUAAGUUAGAGCUAUUCUCGGAAUCUCACAGGAAUCAUCAUACUAGCUACUCAAGCUAGUAAGUUUAGUUUGAGAUUUUCUUUCACACUUGUUGGUUAUUUUUUCUUAAUGUUCUAUGUUAUUUUUCUAAUUAUCAUUUGUAUUCUUCUUGUCCCUGCUUCUUUUGUUCCAAUUAUACUUUAUAUGGAGUGUCUUUUGUUGCUUCUCAGGUAUGUAUAUGUAAUUCACAUUGUUUCUUCCUCUGUAAAUGUUCUGGUAAUUGAUCAUGGUUCAAGAGAUUAGUACC